GGGAAAGUAGGAAUGUUCAUUUGAGAAGAGUAAAAAACCCUAGAGACUCUCCUUCAACGCUAUUCUCUCCUUUCUCGCGAUCCGAUUUUUCAUUUUCGCCGUUACUUUUCCAAAGGAUGAGGGGAUUGGUGAACAAGCUCGUGUCCAGAUCUCUCUCCGUCGCCGGGAAAUGGCAGAACCAACAGCUUCGCCGUCUCAACAUCCACGAGUAUCAGGGAGCUGAGCUGAUGGGUAAAUAUGGAGUGAAUGUGCCCAAGGGAGUCGCUGUUUCUUCACUCGAUGAUGUUAAAAAGGCCAUCGAACAAGUUUUCCCUAAUGAAACCCAGUUGGUGGUUAAGAGCCAGAUCUUGGCUGGUGGAAGAGGUCUUGGAACUUUCAAGAGUGGUCUUCAGGGUGGUGUUCACAUUGUCAACCGUGAUCAGGUUCAAGAUAUUGCUGGAAAGAUGCUAGGACAAGUACUCGUCACCAAACAAACUGGUUCUCAAGGCAAAGUUGUCAGCAAGGUCUACUUGUGUGAGAAAUUGUCACUUGUCAAUGAGAUGUACUUCUCCAUUAUUCUGGACCGUAAAUCUGCUGGACCGUUGAUAAUUGCCUGUAAAAAGGGUGGCACCAGCAUUGAAGAUCUUGCUGAGAAGUUCCCUGACAUGAUCAUUAAGGUACCCAUUGAUGUAUUUGCAGGAAUUACUGAUGAAGAUGCUGCUAAGGUUGUCGAUGGUCUGGCUCCAAAAGCUGCUGACAGGAAAGAUUCGAUUGAACAAGUGAAGAAGCUAUAUGAACUCUUCCGCAAGACUGACUGCACAAUGUUGGAAAUCAACCCCCUUGCUGAGACAUCCACUAAUCAAUUGGUAGCUGCUGAUGCCAAGUUGAACUUUGAUGAUAACGCUGCUUUCCGUCAGAAAGAGAUUUUUGCCCUGCGUGAUCCUACACAGGAAGAUCCACGAGAGGUGGCUGCUGCAAAAGUAGACCUUAACUAUAUCGGUUUAGAUGGAGAGAUUGGGUGCAUGGUGAAUGGUGCUGGAUUGGCCAUGGCAACCAUGGACAUCAUUAAACUGCACGGUGGGACUCCUGCAAAUUUCCUUGACGUUGGUGGAAACGCUUCUGAACACCAGGUGGUAGAGGCGUUUAAGAUACUGACAUCGGACGAUAAAGUGAAAGCAAUAUUGGUGAACAUAUUCGGUGGGAUAAUGAAGUGUGAUGUGAUUGCUAGUGGCAUUGUAAAUGCUGCAAAAGAGGUGUCACUGAAAGUGCCAGUGGUGGUUCGUCUAGAAGGAACAAAUGUUGAACAAGGAAAGAGAAUCCUCAAGGAAAGUGGAAUGAAACUCAUAACAGCUGAUGAUUUGGAUGAUGCAGCAGAGAAAGCUGUAAAAGCAUUAGCUAAUUAGGCUUUAAGGUGAUUGUUUACCGUCUCUCUUUUUCUACAAAAGCUUUUGUUUCUUGUGGGGUUUUCUUUUCUAUGGUUCCCAACCAUUUUUAAUGGUCGACGCAAUCGCAUAUUGUUGCGGAUAUAAUUUGCUGAAACAGAUCAAAUAAUGAACUGCUCUUUUUUUUACCUGUGUGAUUACAUCAAAAAGAAAAUAAAUUGUUACUCAUCUUUUAAGGUCACAAGGGGACACUCAUGAUAGAGAUCGCCGAAUCAAGCUCCGUGAUCAACCAUUUAGGGAUUCUGCCUUGAUAUUUUCCCAUAACAAAUCACCAAGACUUCUCAGUUCCAAAUGCAACUUCAGCUUUAUGAGGUUUUGAAUAGUAAAAUAACUUUAGUAUUUAAAAACGUCAUAUUUGAGAUUCCAUCUUUUUGCAUUAUUGGCAAAUGAAUUUAUGAGGAAUUAUAAAAUCUUAAGAUUCUGUUAUUAUUGGGUUUCUAAAAUCUUAGUAAAUUCUCUUGUUAUUGGUUCAAUGACUUUU